CAGACGGUAACGCGAACGGCGCGCCGCGGACUCUUCGCGGCUUCUCGCGUCUAUUUGUUUUUCUUUCGCAUCGCGCGCGCUUCGACUGCUUCUCUUUCCUUUUUUUUUUCCUCUUCGCUUCCGAUUGUCGCUGGAUACUUUCGAUUCCAGUGGUAAAUACGGCCCUGAGUUUUUUUAUUACCGCGAAGUGCUUAUCAUUGUAUUCUUGCGCUUUCAACGGAAGGGGAGACUCUUAGUGUGUUGUGAGCGAUUGUGAAACCGAAGCGUCCACAGUCUCCCGUGUAACGGGAGGACAAAAGCUGUGAAAAAUUGAGCCCGAGCCGGUUAUUCCAAACGUCGCGCUGCGUAAAGCAAUUAUAAUUCAAAUUGAAUAGGUCCCCGCCGACAAAGUUUCGUCGUCUCUCUCCGGCGGUGUUCGCGCGGCUGCGGCCGUCGCCGUCACUGCUGCUGCUGCUGCUGCUGCUACGCUGUAGUCGAGUAAUUCCACAACGAGAUUAUGCUUUUAUGAGCACUAAAACGAUCCGCUCUCGCGUAGCGUGCACUUCGCCCGCCAACUAUUAUUAAUAAAACGCGAAGCGAAGACUUGUCCUAUCGAUCCGCGAGCCUCUCUCCGCCGUCGUCUCUUGUCCAAUUAAGCUUGUGUUUUCGCAGGGCGCGAGUGUGUUUUACCUCUGAGGGGAAAAACAAGGAAGGUACGACCGCGAAGUGGUCUGUGCGAAGGAGACCGAGCGAGAAUCUGUUUGCCUUUCGUUUCGGUGGAAAUGCAAGGGAGGAGUCUCCUCGCGUUCGGGCGUCGAGCAAGCGAAAUGUUUGGAAAUCGGGAUGGCGGUUCGCGGAGGUCGCCGACCUCUUCGCGGCGCCGAGCGCGAGUCGGAGAAUCGCCGGAGCCACGGCAGAGCGUCGCCUACGCGCGAGAGGCUCGCUCGCGAAUCGUGGCGCGAGUAGCGCGAGCGGAUUUCGGUCAGCCGCGUGCGCGAAUGCCGCUCCUCCGCGUGAAGAUCCGCGCAAAACCAAAUUUCGCCGAAUAAUUUUCCAAUCCAGUGCCGGGGACGAGGGGAGACGGGAGGCAUCGAGGCACUCGAUUGGGCCGCGCCGCACAGCCUGUUGAACAAAAACGCGCCGCGCGUCGGAAAUUAUUUCGCGCUCGGGCCAGUUUCUCCGCUUUUCAGCUUCGACGGGCGAUGCCGAAUUAUUAAUUAUCCGCCUAGCUCGCCUUGUCGAUAAUCCCCCGGGGCACGCUGCUCUCGUCGCGGCAAGAGCGCAAGAGGGCCAAACGCAGUCGCUUCGCGCGCUCGCGGCGUCCGAUGGACUCGAAAAUCGUUCAGCGGAUGAAUUUCAUAAUCGCACGCGCGGCUGAGAAGAGCAAAAAGUCGACGAAAUUAGCGAGAAAGCGUCGCGCGGUGCCCGUGUCGCUUGUAAACUGUUUGAUGCUGUGCGCGUAAAAGAGAAAUAGCGAAGCGGCCCGUGUCGCGAAAAUAUUGCUAAACUCGUUUGAUACUCAGCUUCAAUUUUAUCGGGGUUUGAAUUCCCAAACGCUACACGACGGCAAAGUCCGCGAAAGUAAUUUGGAAACACUUUGAGCGCACUUGAAACGCUUUUCGGAGAUUACAAGCGCGCGCGUCUUAAAAUUUAACGAGCUCAAAACGCUGCGAUUCAAACGAGGCGCUUGUUUGGGAAACGCGCGCGCGUUCACGGCCAAGUUUUAAUGAUUUUCCUUUGUCAACCGAAUUCCCUAACUUUCUCUUUUUUCCUUUCGACAUGCGCCUGACAUUCCAUUGAAAUUACUCGCGCCGAAGAAAUUCAUCGAACGCGCAUAAUCGAAAUUCCAAUCCUUGUCGCAACCAUAAACAGCUCAAGCUGCCGUUGCAGUGAAGUUAGCAUCGAGCACAGCGAGAAAAACUCGUACAUUGCGGACUUGGCUAGACUCAGCACGGUUGCAUAAUCUGUCGAAGGUCGUACGCGAAAACAUCGUCUCACCGCAGUCUUCAAAUAGUGAAAAGAAACAAGGGCAAUACAAGCAAUCAUAAAGGCACGAUUUACGACUGUUGGUCGAGCGACUCGACGGCUAGCAACAAAAAGAAAAAAAAGAAUAGGAGACGGAGGAUGGGGCGACGCGGUUGCGCGGCAGCCGGCGACUGAUCGGCCGAUAGUCGACGGCCGAGCGUCGAGUCGCGAGGAGCGCGGUUGGAGUGCGGAGAGGAAGGGAGCCUCCUUGCUUUUGUUGACACUCGUGUGCCGUCGUUGAUCCUCGUUACAAGCGAGGACGACCAAAGACCUGACAAAUGGUGCAGCCCGUCACCACCGAGAACAACAACUUCGCCUUGGAUAUGGAGUCCCUCGAAGAGAUGCUUCGCAAGUUGUCGGAGCUGGAGCAGCGAGUGCUAGAGGCAGAGGGACGUGCCGACGAGGCGGAGGACAAGGUACGGAUGAUGGAGGAGCGGCUGGUGAAGGGUGAAUACUGCCUGAGCACCUCGCAAGUGGAUUCACCAGGUCAAUCGACUUCGCUGCCGUCCACCUCUGGGGCGCAGAAUGACGAGGUGCACUGCGCCUGCAUCAGCAAACUAGAGACCCAGGUGGAGGAGCAGCGCCAGCUCCGGCUGCAAGACGCCCGCCAAGUGGAGGCCAAGGCAGCUCGCAUCAAGGAGUGGGUGACGAAUAAGCUGCGCGAGCUCGAGCAGCAGAAUCAGCACCUACGCGAGCAGAACAACAAGUGCAACCAGCAGCUCGAGCUGCUUCGCAAUCACAUCACCAACAUCGGCCUUAGACCACCCAUUCUGCCGACAUCGCGAGCCUCCUUAUCGUUGGACGUCGAUCCGAGUUUGCGCAGGCGCUCGGAGAAUCUCGAGGGUACGGGCCAGGUGGUCGUCGGCGGCACCUCGGACCGAGCGUCAGCAUCACACCAGCAGCCGACGUCUUCGCAAUUGCCCGAGCCACAACAAUCGACGAGACACCGACGACACCUAUCAGCCUGUGGCACCAUUCACCAGACCACCGGCCAGAACGUCAAUAUGGAUGCAACUCUGCUGUCCGAAGAGCUCGCCGCGGCCGUGGAGAAUCUCGUGAUGCUGCCGACCAGUAUAGUUUCAGCAUCGGCGGCAGUGUCAGAAGGCAGCUUAAGCCGGGACAGUUAUAUAGCCGACAGCUGCGUGGUCGACAACGACAACGAGCAACUGCACGACUACGCCGAAAUUUACACUCCGUGUCGCGAAGGCCCAGCCACGGCGCCGUGGGGCCAGCAGAAUAAUCAAGGGACUGCGGCGACUGUCGAAGACGUCGGCACACCAAGGCCGCCUACGCCGCCGUUACACAGGUUCCCGAGCUGGGAGGCCAAGAUUUACCAGGUUGCCGACGGAGGCCUAGGGAUCGGACCUCCAACAAACGAUGACCCGUCCAUACCUUCGACGACUACGAAUACAACGUCGUCGAAACACUCACACGCAGGACAUAAUCUCACGGGACACAAUUUGCAAGGAUAUUGCGACAUUUCUGUGCCAGUUUAUGCCACGGUCAAAGGGCGAGCUAGUCAGAUAAGGUCGAUGCCAUUCGGUGACAGUUCGGACGACAGUUCCGACGGCGAGGAUCACCAGAAUCAAACGGAAACCAACACGCGAAUAACCAAUAGUUCCUCGGAAAACACCGACUCAUCCCUCGGCAGUGCCAGCAGCCCAUCAAAAAGUGUCAAAACCACCAGUAGCCUGAGUCCUGCUAAACGUAGUUCCAGCGGUUCACCAAGCAAGAGCGUCAAACGCGACACUUCUUUAGAGUCGGGGUUGUCGGAAGACUACGCUAUUCCACCUGACGCUCUCAGCUCGACAUCACUUGAAUCCAGCAUGCCAAGUUUACUUAUGAGAGUUUCCGGGGAGAGUCCUAAGAGACAAGAAUCACUGGAGAAAGCUGGUCACUUAGCUAAGCUUGGUGGAAAAUUGAAAACUUGGAGAAAAAGGUAUUUCGUGCUAAAAAAUGGGACGCUGUGCUAUUGGAAGAGUCAGAAUGACGUUAAUCGAAAACCCCAAGGACAAAUUCUUCUUGACGAAGUUUGCAGGAUAAAUCGAGCAGAAGGAGCAGCGACUUUCGAAAUAGCAACCGGCAAGAAAACCUAUUAUCUCACUGCUGAUUGCAUAGCGACAAUGGAAGACUGGAUACGCGUGUUGCAAAAUGUACAGAGGCGAAACGCAACGAAAUUAUUACUCAGCAGAGAAGACAAUAAACCAACGAUUCAAGGUUGGCUCACGAAAGUGAAGAACGGCCACGCGAAGAAAUGCUGGUGUGUCCUAAUCGGCAAAAUGUUCCUUUACUUUAAGUGCCCCAAUGAUACCCAAAAUCCAAUAGGCCAAAUAAACAUGCGAGAUGCGCGAGUAGAAGAGGUCGAGCACCUGUCGGACAGUGACAGCGAGGAACGUGACUCGGAAAGUAGCCAAGAGUAUACUAUCGGUAUAUUUCCCUCGCAUCAAGGCCCCACUUAUCUGCUAUUGCAGCAGAAGCAAGAUAAGGAUAACUGGCUGUACCAUUUGACGGUUGUGUCUGGCGGUGGACCUAACGCUGGUACACAGUACGAGCAACUAAUUCAGAGGUUGAUGGAAACUGAUGGUGAUCCUAAUUGUGUUCUUUGGAGGCAUCCGUUGUUAUUACAUUCGAAAGAAAAUAUUACCAGUCCACUGACUAGUCUUACUUCGGAGACCUUACAAUCGGAAGCGGUUAAGUUGUUCAAGGCUGUCCAACUAUUCAUGUCAGUCGCGGUCGAGCAAGCAGGUAUCGACUACCACGUGGUUCUCGCGCAAAAUGCAUUACAGCAGUGCUUGGAUCAGCCGGAAUUACAGUCGGAAUUCAUCUGUGCAUUGGUAAAGCAGACGAGUCGUCAUACGCAGCAUCGUAUUGGCGUACAGGUAAAAAAGGCCGCCAAAAUUGUGUCGCUGGGCACUGCGCGCGUUCAACUCCUGCUGUGCGCGACGCAGUCGCUGUUCACGUGCGACGCGCAAGGUGCGAGCACAGGGGCCGAGACCCCGGAUAACGCGGAUGCGCAGUCGACCGCGUCAACGUCUCACAGUCCCUCGUUGGCACAGGCACACUCCACGGCCAAUCUGCUCGACUGCAAGACCAAUCCGGCCCAGUACGUGUUCGUCCAGGGAUGGCAAUUGCUCGCCCUGGCCGUCUCCCUGUUCCUGCCCAGAAAUAACAGGCUGUUGUGGUACCUCAAGCUGCACCUGCAGAGGAACGCCGACACCAAGACGGAGUACGGCAAGUACGCGACGUAUUGCGAGCGCGCUGUGGAGCGCACCCUACAGAACAGCAGUCGCGAGGUGAAACCGUCGCGCAUGGAAGUAUUGUCGAUCUUGCUGAAGAACCCUUACCACCACUCGCUGCCGCACGCCAUACCCGUGCACUUCCUAAAUGGCACGUAUCAGGUGGUCAGCUUCGACGGCAGCACCACCAUCGAGGAGUUCCUCGCGACGCUUAAUCAAGAGAUCGGAUGCAGAGACGUGCAUCAGUCGGGCUUCAGUCUGUUUAGCGACGAUCCGAUCGAGAAGAAUUUGGAGCACUACAUCGAUCUGCAGGCUAAGCUGUGUGAUAUAAUUUCCAAAUGGGAAACGGCUCUGCGAGAAAAGGGUUCCGGCAAAUUCGAGAACACGAGAGUGAUCCAGCUGACGUACAAGUCCAGACUGUAUUGGAGGCACGCUGCCAAGAUGGAGACAGAUCGCGAAAGGCUGCUACUGUGCUAUCAAGUCAAUCAGCAGGUGGUGCACGGCAGAUUCCCGCUCAAUCGUGAACUUGCGUUCGAACUUGCUGCUCUCAUGGCACAGAUUGACUUCGGAGAGUACAACGCGGAAAAAGCUCGUGGCAGCGGCCCAGGCAGCAAUCCCCAUCAUUUAGUGUUACAAGCAUUGGACAAAUUCUACCCAGUCAGAUAUCGCUCAAACAUCACUGCUGAUCAGUUGAGGGAGUUACAAGAGAAGCUCCAAGAAAAGUGGAUGUCGUUGAAAGGCCGCAAUAUACUCGACUGUGUGAGGAUAUACCUUACUUGCACGCGAAAGUGGCCCUUCUUCGGCGCGACGCUUUAUCAGGCCAAGUUGAAACAAUCAGAGUCGACGACAGUUUGGAUAGCAGUAUCAGAGGAUAGUGUUACUUUGCUCGAAUAUCAAACUAUGGCCGUAAUGUGCCGUUACAAUUACGCUAAUAUUGUUACUUUUGGUGGUUGUUUGGAUGACUUCAUGCUCGUUGCAUGUCCCGACGAAGGUGCAGCUGAACAGAAGCUUCUGUUUGCGCUGAGUAAGCCUAAGAUAUUAGAGAUAACGUUGUUAAUAGCGGAUUAUAUGAACGCGCUGGGCCACGCUUUGCCUGGAACCCCGCAGAUGAAUACACUUACGCGGAACGGUUCUCAUCGUUCUAUCAAAUCUACAUUGAGAGCUACAACCGGUUCAAGCUGUCUUCCUACGCAGCCUGAUAUUCUUAAGUCAACGCCCGAUCAUCAGCGCCCAUGAGAUACCAGCAUGAAUCAUUCGGAAGAGUCCGAAUUGUUUUACACUUGCAAGCAGUCCGGCGCAAUAAAAGCCAUGCGUUACUCGAAGGUACUAAAACACACAUCCUAAGGGUUAUACUUGCUCAAGACCCUAUUUCUGUAAAUAAGAAAUUAAGAAGUGACUCUUCGCGCGUUAGAAACAGAGUUUUGACAUCCGAACUGCCUAAUUAAUUUAUGGAUUUUGUGACGUAUUUUAGGCUUAAAAAUAACAAAAAAAAUUCCCUCCUAAUCCUCUCCUCUCCAAUUUAAGAUCGAUGAUUUUUUGCUACACUACGUUUAUAUUUCCUACGACGAGUUUAUAUAGGAAAUACCCCUUGUGUACAUAUUAUAUAGAAUUAUACAUAGUUUACAUAACGCUACGUGUAUUUAGGGAAGGACUGAAUCACUUUUAUAGUUUUUAAAAAUGGCCAUCGUUGAGUAGCAUAUAUUAUAUUAGUAAUGACUCUCUGAUCCACGUUGUUUAGAUACCAAUUUUUGAAAACGUAAUCAAGCGUAAAAAUUCCACAUAAUGUCGUAGGGACCGAAUUUUUUUCUAUUUUGUUUGCGAGGUGGAUUACAUUUACUACUAGAAUAUUUUGGCUAAAAUGGUAAUCCGGGAAAAACUUGAUUUGAUUUCUUUUUAAUUUUCCAAUCCAUUUUUUUAAAGAUUUUUACAGUAUUUUUACUUUAAUAGAAAUGGUUGAUAUUAUUACAAAUUAGUAUGGAUGCAAUUUUUCUUUUGAAUAUUUAAGAAGCAAGAUUUUACUGUAUCACGUAAAACGCGAUAUACACGCGUUAUUUGAAACAAUAAGUAAUUUACAGGCAGAAAGAUCGUCUUAUACGUAACACUCGUUUUUAAUUAGUUUUUUAAAGCAAAUGCGUGAGAAUGUAUUGAUAUAAUUGAAGGGUGCCUAAAAAUGAUAAAGAAGUAAUAUACAUUGUACGAAACAAAAACUAACAAAUUAACGUAUCGAAUGUAAAAUCAAGAUGUGCAACGAUUGCGUCUAACGAAGUAGUAGGAUGCGAGAUAUAUUUCGUUGAUAGCUAGUCUUACAUUGAAUUGCUUAAUUUAUGAAUAGAAGCCGAGGCACAAUAAAAAAAAAUUAUUGUAAUAUAGUACGACCAAGUAGGUAAUAAUGAUAAUUAUUUUUAAUUUUCUGAGAGGAUAAAGUCACUUUCCAAUCAAAAAUUAUUUGUAGUGAUUUUUGCUAUAUUGUUUGUGUUGUUUUGGAUUGUUAAAUCAAAUUUGCCUUUUGGAACGUGUAUUUUUUAAAAAGAUCAUUUUAAUUCGAUAGAUUGUUUUUAUUUGAUGUUGAUAUUAUUUAUGGAGAAAUUCAUACAGAGUAUCUUAUAUUUACAAUUAUUGAAUAAUCAUCUUUAAUUUAUAUAAUUGUUUUUGUUCUUUGCGAUUGUUGCUUGUGUGCGUGUAAUUAGAUAGUUUAGCGCUUUUAUGAUUCGAAAUUAUAUCAUGCGAAAGAUGAUUGUAUCCUCUUUUAUUGUACAAAAGAAAUGUAGCUGGAAGUGAGUGAUACUAACAUAUACUGCUUGAUUUUUUCUUUUUUUUUUUAUUAACAUCGCACAUGCUUUUAUUAUAAGUUGGUUUGGCAGUUUUGUACAUCGAGUGCUUGUAGCGCCAUUGAUAACUAUAAUAGAAGUCUUCCUUUAUCAAUUAAUCGCAAUUGAAAUAUUUUGUGUGUGUGUGUGUGUGCGUGUGCGUGUGUGUGCGCGAGCGCAUGUGUGUGGUACGUCUGUGUGCGUGUAUGUAUAGCAAAAAAAAACUAAACUAAAUAAAAUGAGAAGGGCUUUUGUGCAAUACGUACAAAACUCCUGAAAACCUAGAAGUCACAAGGAAAGAAGAAUUAAGGACCUUUGAAUUAUAUUUUUUUUCAAAAAAUAUAAACAAACAAUAGUUUGAAAGAAAUUAGUAUGCGCAGCGAUAUUUUUCAACUUACAUAUACUAAAUGGUCGGAGAGAAAGAAGGAUUAACGAGCACAAACGAAAAACCUAAAAUUCUUUCGUGCUAAUUUAGGAACGCGAAUGGAUAGCAGUACAAAAAAAGGUGGGGUGAAAUUUACGAAGAGAGAAAAGAGUAUAUGACACUUUGUCCUUAGUUUUUUAUAAAGAAAAAACAAUAAAGAAAGAAACGUCGAAGAAAGAGAAGAAAUCAAUUCGUUGUGUAUAUAAUUCUAUUAAUAUUGUAUGUGACGCUACUAUACAUAUAAUAGGUAUACUUGCUAAAUAAAUAUUAUUCUGCCUGACAGAAUAAUGAAAUAAAGAGAGUAAUUGAAGAGAAAGAGAAAAUAAAAUAAAUUUGCCAAGCAUGGCACGUACUACCGUGCGACUCAUUGUAGAUCUUUAUUUAUUAUUUAUUCGCGAAAUCUAAAUGGACGCUAGAAGCGUAAAAUAAUGUAUGACAAACUAUGAUACAUUGUACUAUUGUACAAAAUAAUAAAUAUAUUAU